AUGUCGUAUGUGUAUUCGGCUGCUAUUUAUUCGCCGGGCGAAGGAAAAAGUGUCAGGACUAAUUUGAAUGGUUGGUUUUCUAGUCAAGCGAACUUGUAAAUUGGUGUAAUUGUGUUAUGGUCACACUGUGCAAAAAAUGAGCCAUGUGUUUUGUUGCUCUCAAAUACUGUUCUUUUUUUCAAAACUCUGUCAUUUAAAAUUAUGUAAAACGUGUACGUUGACGUGGAAUUUGAAAAAAAAACUAUUUUAUUUUCGAAAUUCUUUCAUUUCUCAAAUCUAGUUGAUCAAAAAGUCGUUUGUGAGUCAAUCGUGAGUUUCGAAAUUGAAUUUUACACCGGAAGCUAAAUAUACGUUCUCAAAAAAAAACAUAAGAAAUGCUUCUCUUUGUGAUUCAUCCUACCAACUUUUUUUCUUCAAAAUUAAUUUUCUGUCUCAUUCAUCACUCUGUCCCAUUUCUUCGCCUCAAAAAGCAACAUCGUUUUACGACUUGUAAAUAAAUAAAAAUUCCAAUCAUUUUUUUCACCUCUUUGGAUGAUAAAUGUAUGCAUGUUGUUGUUCUUCUUCUCCUUUACCUGCUGUUUCUCCCCGCUUUUUUCAUCUGAUGACUCAUUUUGCCCACAAUGCCCAUUUAUCACAUAGACACAACCAAAAGUUCGACGCCGGACAACACACUUUUCUGUACUUUACUUCGAUUUUUAUUUAUUUUUGUUUGGGCGAUUUCCGGAGAUCUUUUCGAUUAGAGAAAAAUUCGCACUGUGUUUUUUGUAAUUUUCGACUUUUUGCUCACUAUUCCGUUGUUGAUUUGAGCAUAAUUCAGUUUCAAAUAUGAGUUAUGACGUGGUACUUUUUUGAAAAACUCGUUUUUCGGAAUUUUGUUCAUUUUAUCACGUCAUAACUCAUAUUGGGAUACAGAAAAACUCUGUUUCUCCGGAAAUAAUGAAUUCUCACAGAAUUUUUUUCUGUCCCAAAAAAGGAACAUUUUCUAAUUAUAAUCUCAUUAGUUUAUUUUCACACCAAAAAAAGACACACUAGCAUUUUCUAAUACUCUUUCCUCUUGUGUUGGUAAAAUAAACAAUCCCCACCCAUUCUCUCACCAUAUCUGCUCUACUUUGCUCAUUUAUGGAGCUGUCAAAUAAGGAAAUUUUUUGCUGACUCAUAUUUUCUUCUUCUAAUAAAAAACCGAAAUUUUGAUUACUGAUAAUUGUAUUUUUAUUGAUGUUUAUCAGUUUUCAACUCUCUCAGCAGGCAGACGUUCGAAUUAUUUUUCUGUUUUUUUCUCACUUUUUGUAUGCUUUUUCAAAGCAGUUUUGUAAAUAGUUGUUAGAGGAAAGUUACCAGUUUAGUUUAGUUUCGCAAGGAACUGUUUCAACUUUCAAGUUGAAAAACUAUUAGAAAAUAUGUAUUUCAUUCAAAUCUAGAUUGAAAUUUGAAACUCUUCUCCUGUCAAUAAAUAAAAUGCAAUGUUUUUUGCAGACAAAGUAGAAGGGUAUCGAAAGGAGAUAGCACCAAGUCGCGAAAACGUCGACUUUGACCAUCUACGACGUCGACAUCCAGAAGAUCAAGAAGAGGAAGGCCAAACAACUUCAACGGUAUCGGGCAUCGCUGAAGUAGUUCCAACCUCAUAUCAAUAUUAUCAUCAACAUCAAAAAAACGACUACGGUUGUAGCACAAAUAUUGGAACAGAAUCUGAAGAUUAUAAUUAUAAUACCACCAAUAAUAAUAAUCAAUCAAAUAUGAGACGAUAUGAAAUGCAGGUUCGUUUGUAUGGGGAAUUGUUUUUUUUUUGGCUGAAACCUAGUUAUAAUCAUCCAAAUAGGAUAUAGUUUUUUCUUGUAAAGCCUCCUGGCCAGACCACCUUUUUUCUCAUAAUAACAUUAUAACAAACCUAAGCGGAUAAUCUUCAUAUACUUUUAUCUCCAUUUCAUUUUCAUGUUGUUUUCUUUCUAUUUUCUCUCGCUAUGCCGAAAAAGUUGAUUUAUUCUAUUUCGCUCAAAAAAACGACUUCUUCACGAAGAGGUUCUCAUAUUUCUGUAGAAGAUGUGCAAAAAGCGAUUGAUAGUAAUCGCGGAGCAUCGUUUGGCCAGCAUUUGCUCAGAAAAACUGAAGCUGGUAGAGAAAUUUGGAGCGUGAAAGAGGAAAAAGAAGAAGAGGAGGAGGUGAUUUAAAUUUGAAAAUUUUUUCAAAAAAAAGUUUGCAUAUUUAUGUGUCAUUUGAAUAAUCCCCCUCGAAAAAUUAUGAGUAAUACAUUUUUUUGUUGGUAUAUUUGUACUUUUUCCUUCUUCUCUCCUUAUCAGGAGGUGCAAGACGGCAAAUCAAAAAUAUAUUCUCUCUGCUGUCAAAAAAUGGAGAGGUCAAUAUUUGUUUUGUCACACAAACAAGCAUUGGAUUUUGGAGAAAUUUGAGAAAAUUAUGAGAAAUAUCUGAAUUAGAGAAGAGGUUUUGAAAAUCUUAGAGGUCUUGGUUUUUUUUAAAUCGGAACAUAGGUUUUUUAGUUUGGGAAUUCUUCAGGAGAACAAUUUAUAGAAAAUAUCAUGGGAUUUUUGAGUCAUAGAGACCAAUAGAAUAAUAUCAAUGUGUUUUUACAGGUUCGCGUUCCAAACAGUGGCCAAGUUCCGCCACCUGUAAAUCGCGCAGAUGUUUCCGCAAACGAAAAUGACGAAUAUGCAAACGAAACUUUGUUUUUCGAACGAAAUCGUAUUCGACAAUUGCAAGAUGAACGACUUCAUAUUCAAAAGAAAACAUUCACGAAAUGGUGUAACUCUUUCCUUAAUCGGGUAAGUAUUUUUUAGCCCAAAAAUUCAAACAAUUUGUUAUUUCCACCGCUCAUUAAUUAUCUUUUAUCGCUUUUUUCUCGAACACAGAUUAUCCACCACUUAUAUUUGUAUAGUUAGGAUGAAAAAUUCCAUAAAGAAAAAGGGGAGAAAUUAUAUGUGACCUUGAUUGAAAUGUGUGUUAUCUUGAAUUGAUCUGACUAGGAGAGAGAGAGAGUAAGUAAUGCGCGGACAAUAUGAAAAUAAUACAAAAAAAAUAGAUGAAUAGGAGAGAAGGAAUUUAUAUUUAGGGACCUGUAAACAUACAAUUAUCUGCAAAAAAUUGAGCUUAGAAUUUGUGGAAACUAUGAAAAAUUGCAUUUUUUGGAAAAAAUGUCUUGAAAUUUCAAGUUCUGACGUAUUUUGUUUCAGGCAAGGUUGGAGAUCAAUGAUCUUUUCGUGGAUGUUGGAGAUGGAUUGUUGCUCAUGAAAUUGCUUGAAAUCAUUUCGGGCGAUAAACUCGGAAAACCAAAUCGUGGAAUAAUGCGUGUGCAAAAGAUUGAGAAUUUGAACAAAGUUUUGGAUUUUCUGAAACGCAAAAAGAUUCAGCUGGAAAAUAUUGGCGCUGAAGACAUUCUCGAUCGAAAUGAACGCUUGAUUUUGGGUUUGAUUUGGACAAUUAUUCUUCGAUUCCAAAUUGACACCAUUGUUAUUGAGGUAAGAUUUUUUGGCAAAAAAUGUAGAAUUUUUCACUGGAUGAAUUUUGAGCGAAAAUUCGAAUUUGAAAUUUCUGUCGACAAAAAUAAUUUAAGGUUUCUCAUGAUUAGACUGAAAUCCGAUUUUUCAAAAUGUAUUACUUUUUUCAUCUGAUUUCUUGAUGAGAAGACAUUCAUGUACCAAAAUCUGAGUUUUAAAACAUCACGUUUUUAGCGAUAAGAAAUAUAAUUUUCAAAAACAAGACAGAAAAUUAAAAAAUUAAAUUGAUUAUAAUUUUAGGACGAAGAAGAACGUGGUGAGCGAAAACACGCAAAAGACGCGUUGCUCCUCUGGUGUCAACGAAAAACUGCUGGAUAUCCAAAUGUUCGAAUUGAAAACUUCACAACAAGUUGGAGAAAUGGUUUGGCAUUCAAUGCACUUAUUCAUGCACAUCGUUCUGAUCUUGUCGAUUUCAAUCGAUUGAAUCCAACUGAUCAUGUUAAUAAUUUGAAUAAUGCAUUCGAUAUUGCUGAAAAGAAAUUGGAUAUUGCCAGAUUAUUGGAUGCUGAAGAUGUUGAUGUAACAAGACCAGAUGAAAAAAGUAUUAUUACUUAUGUUUCAUUGUAUUAUCAUCAUUUCGCAAAACAAAAGACUGAAAUGACUGGAGCAAGAAGAAUUGCGAAUAUUGUUGGAAAAUUGAUGGAUAGUGAAACAAUGGAAGAUGAUUAUGAACAUAUCUCAUCGGAACUUCUUAAUUGGAUUCGAACAACAAUUCGAUCAUUGGAAUCUCGUCGAUUUCCAAAUUCAUUGAAUGGAAUGCGCGAAGAACAUGCGAAAUUCAAUCAUUUCAGAACAUCUGAAAAACCACCAAAAUAUAAGGAAAAAGGAGAGUUGGAAGCAUUGUUUUUCACAAUUCAAACUAAGAGAAAAGCAAUGAGCAGAAAAGCGUAUGCUCCACCACAAGGACAAUUUAUGCAUGAUAUCGAGACUGCUUGGGCUCAAUUGGAUUUUGCGGAAAAUGAAAGACAAGUUGCGAUAAUUGCUGAAUUGCAAAGACAAGAGAAAUUGGAACAAUUGGCUCAAAGAUUCCAUAAAAAAGCGAAAUUGCGAGAUACUUGGUUGAGAAGUGUUAUGGUUGUUUUAGAAGAAAUGGAACAUGGAAGAAGUGCAAGUCAAGUUGAAAAAACACUCAAAAAACAACAAGCAAUUUCAACUGAUAUUUUGGCAAGAGAAGAUCGAUUCAAAAUGUUGACUGGAAUGUGUAAUGAAUUAUGUAAUGAAAAAUAUCAUGAAUCAGAUCGAGUUCGAUUAACUGAAAGAGAAAUAAUUGAUAGAUGGACACAAUUAUUGGCAUUGUUGGAACAAAGAAAACGAGCAUUGAUGAGUUUGAAUGAUUUGAUGUCACUUUUGAGAGAUAUUGAUACAUUGAGCAAUGAAUUGCAUUCUUUGGAACCGGCUGUAAGAAAUCGAGAUGUUGGAAAACAUUUGAUUGGUGUUGAAGAUUUGCUUCAAAAACAUGAUUUAGUUGAAGCUCAAAUUAAUGCACAUGGCUCACUUCUUGCUAAACUAUCACAAUCUGCAAAUAAUUAUAUUCGACACAAAGAAGAACAAUUUGAUGUUCUUCAAAGAAAACUUGAUGAAGUUACUGCGCAAUAUAACACGUAAGAACAAGAGUUUUUUCUUCAAAAUAUAUAAUUUCAAUUUUUAGACUUGUUGAAUUGUGUCGAUCUCGACGACUUCUUUUGGAUCGUGCUCGUUCACUUUAUCAAUUUAUCCAAGAUCAUGAAGAAGAAAUGGCUUGGUUAGCCGAAAAGGAGAAAUUGUGCACUUCGGCUCUUGCUUGUGGUGAUAUUUCGGCUGUUCCACAAACUAGUCUUCUUUAUAAAAAUGUUGAAAUGGAAAUGCAAACACAUUGGGCGCGAAGUAAAGGAAUGAUUGCUGGCGGAGAACGAUUGGUUCAAAAUGGUGGACAAUCAAAAGAAGAUAUUCAACGGCGAAUUAGUGGAAUGAAUCAAGGAUGGGAGAAAUUGAGAAUAGCUGUUGCAGCAUUGGGAAAUUGGUUGAAUGAAGCCAGACAAGCACAACAAUAUUUCCAAGAUGCAAAUGAGGCAGAAUCGUGGAUUCGAGAGAAAAUGCCACUUGUGAAAUCGGAUGAUUUGGGAAGAGAUGAAGGAGCUGCUGAAAGUCUUUUGCAAAGACAUCAUAGGUUAUUAUUUUAAACUUACUUUUUACUCGAAAAAGUUAUAGAAUUGACCAUAAAACUUUCCUUUUUCCAGACUCGAAGAAGAGAUUCACGCAUAUCGUGCUGAUAUUGUUCGCCUCGAAGAAAUGAGUGUUCAAUUAUCGAACAGCACAUUCCAUACAGCAACAACUAGCACUUCUGUUCAAGAAACUGAAGAAGUAACAGUUCCACAAAUCGAAACUCUUUUCAAGUAUGAAGGAAAUGGUAUGAAAGUUGCGAAAGGAGAAGUUUUGGCACUUUUGGAAAAAUCGACUGCCGAAUGGUGGAGAGCUUUGAAAAGAGAUGGAACUGAAGGAUAUGUUCCAGCUAAUUAUUGUCGAAUUGUUCCGGGUGAAAGUGUUACUGUAACACAGACAACUAAUAAAACAACAACAACUUUGGAAGAUAAAGAGAAGAAGAGUUCGGUGAUUGGAGAAAGACAGAAAAUGAUUUCGGAUGAUUAUAGACAAUUGAAUAGAUUGGCUGAUGUAAGAAGAUAACUUUUUGAUUUGAGAAUUAUUAAUAUAAGUGUUUUUUUUAGGUUCGUCGUCGUCUUCUUUCUGAUAAUAUUCAACUUCUUCGUUUCUAUCGAGAAUGUGAUGAAUUUGAAAGAUGGGCUAGAGAAGUUGAAGUAACAUUGGCUGAUGAACCAUCUCCUGAACAUGUUGUUGCAUUCAGAAGAAAGUUUGAUAAAUUGGAAGCUGAUAUCAAAACAAAUGGUGGAACACAAUUGAAACAUAUCAAUGAAAUUGCAAAUGAAUUGAUUGCUGAAGGACAUGGACAAUCGAGACAAAUUGAGACGAGACAACGAAAUAUCAAUGCAUUAUGGGCACAUUUGGAACAAUUGAGAAAACAACGAGCUGUACGAUUAGAAGCCACUGAAAGAGUUGCCGAUUUUGAUAGUUCGUGUGAAAGUGCCAGAGAAUGGAUGCAAGGAAAAUUCGAACAAUUGGAACGAAAUCCGAAUGAUGUUAAAAGUUUGCAAAAUUUGGAAAGAGAUUUGAAACCGUUGGAAGAGAAAAUUGCGAAUCUCGAGAAACUUGCUGCUGCGGUAAGGAUUUUUUGAAAAUUUAAAAAUUCUGGAAAUUUCUAUGAUAAAAGUUAUGUACAAAUUCGAAAUUCUAUAUUAAUUAGCAGAAAUUUCUAACCACCAAUUUUUUUCCGGAAAAUUCUCAAAUUUCAUUUUUCAGGUUAAAAAAGACCAUCCUGAAGAAGCUGCUGCCAUCGAGCGAAAAAUUGCUCAACUUCGUGGACUUCAUGCUGAUUUAUUGCGCCGAGCCAAGGAAAAAAUGCAAUUGGCUGAACAAACACAAGGAAAAGAAAUGUUCGAAUCAGCUUUGAGAGAUAUGAAUGGAUGGAUUGAGAAGACUAAAAAACAAUUACUCGAAGAUGUUCAUCCGGUUGAUGUUGCUGAAGCUGAAGAACUUCUCAAAAAACAUUAUGAAUUAGGAGAACAAAUUAAAGAUAAGAAAUAUGAAGUUGAAUAUUGUCAAGAACUUGGAAGACGUCUUCUUGAUAGAAAUCCACGUGUUCCAAAUGUUGAAUCACAAUUGAAAACACUUGUUGAUGAAAUGGCUGGAUUGAGAGAUUUAUAUCGGCGAAGAGAUAUUAUUUUGAAACAACAACUUGAUCUUCAAUUAUUUAAUCGAGAAUCGGAACGAAUUGAUGCGGCGACAAAAGGACAUGAAGCAUUCCUUGAAUUUAGUAAUCUUGGAGAUUCAGUUGAAUCAGUUGAGAAUUUGUUGAAAAGACAUCGAGAUUUGGAGGCGAAAUUGGUUGCACAAGAAGCUCGACUUGAAGCAUUCUCGAAAACUGCCGAUGAUAUGAUUAAAGCACAUCAUGCUGAUUCGCCAUAUAUUGAUCAACGAAGAAAUGAUGUUUUGGUGAGAAGAGAAGCUGUAAGAAAAUCAGCGGAAAUGAGAAGAAGACAAUUGGAAGCAUCAUUGGAAUAUCAAAAUAUGAGAAGAGAAGCUGAAGAAGUUAUGGGAUGGAUGAAUGAAAAAGCGAAAAUGAUUAAUAUUGGAGAUGAUAAAAAUGGAUCUGCACUUCCAAGAUUAUUGUUGAAACAUGAAGCAUUUGAAGCUGAAAUUGGAGCCAACGAGCCAAGAAUUGAACAAAUCAAUAAAGAAGGUAAGAUUUUUUAUUAAAAAAAGUUUUGCUAAAAUUCACAAGGGAGAAAUGUUUAUAUCAAAUUAUACAUUUAGAAUUUUUUAAAGAUUUCCUUUGAUAUUGUUGAAACAAUUUUCUCCUGAACGGCAUUUCAAAUUAUCAAAAUCUGUUAUUUCAGGUGCUCAACUCAUUGGCAAAAAACACUACGAAACUCCAAAUGUCGAAAAAUUGGUCCGCCGUGUAAAUACACAAUGGGCUGAUUUGAAGAAUCAAGUUGGAAAUAAGGGAGAAAGAUUGAGACAAGCUGCUGAUCAAAAAGGACUCGAUCAAAUCCUUGGAGAUGCUCAUGCUAAACUUGAUGAAAUUGAAGCUGCUCUCAGAUCAAAUGAUCAAGGACAAGAUCUUAGAUCUGUUAAAGAUCUUCUUCAGAAACAUACAGUUAUGGAACAAGAAAUGGGAUUGUAUGGAAAGAGAGUGAGUUUGAAUUUGAAAAUUAUUGAGUAUUUUUAAAAAUUAUAUUUAUUUUUAGCUUGCUGAUAUUGAAAAGAGAGGAAAACAAAUGGCUGCUGAAGGACAUUUCGAUUCGGAUCGAAUUCAAUUCACAGUUGCUGAACUUUUGACCAGAUAUCGAGAAAUGAAGAAUCCUGCUGGAAAAAGAAAGGAUGAUUUGGAAGAAUCGAGAUUGUGGCAUCAAUUGGCAUUCGAUGUUGAUUGUGAACUUCAAUGGAUUGCUGAAAAGAAACCAAUUGCAUCAUCAAAAGAUUGUGGAAGAACAUUGACUGAAUCAUUGAAUAUGGUCAAAAAACAAGAACAACUCGAAGCUGAAGUUCAUCAACAUUCUGCACAAAUUGAUAAAGUUUUGGCAGAAGGUGAAGAAUUGAUGAAAAGACGACAUGUUUCAUCACAACAAAUUGAAGAGAAAUCGAAAGAAUUGAGUUUGUCUUGGGGAGAAUUGAGAAGAUUAUUGAAGAAAAGACGAGAAAUUGUUGAUUGGGGAGUUAAAGAACAGGAAUAUUUGUUUGAUGCGACUGAAGUUGAAAAUUGGAUGAAUGAGAAACGCAAUUUGUUGGCAUCGGAAGAUUAUGGAAAUGAUGAAGAUGCUGCCAGAAAAUUGUUGGCGAAACAUAGAGCACUUUGUGAAGAUAUGCAUACCUACAGGUAAGGUUUUGGAAUUUUUUUUUUAAAAAAUUCUUGAAUUUUUUAAAAUUUUGAAUUGAACUGUAUAAAAAUUGCGGAUUUCCCAUUAUAAAUCAUAUUUAGUUAUUAUUUGAUCCUACAAUACAAUACUAUUAUUUUUCCAGACAAUGGUUGGAAAAACUGAAAGUAAAAUGUGAAGAACUUGUUGGAUCGAAUCGGCCAAAUGUCGAAAGAUUUGAAAAUCGUCAAAUUGAACUUGAAACUGAAUUCGAACGCCUUUCCAAAAUUGCCGAAGAUCGCAAAAAUGCUCUCGAAGAUGCUGUUUGUUUGUAUGAAUAUAUGAGAGAAUCAGCUGAUUUGGAACAAUGGAUUAAUGAACAAUUACAAGUUGCAAUGAGUGAAGAUUAUGCUGAAGACUAUGAACAUUUGAAAGAAUUACAAUCGAAAUUCGAUGAAUUCAAACAAUCAGUCAAAACUGGAAGUGAAAGAUUCACAUCUUGUGAAGAAGCAGCUAAAUCGAUUUUGAGAAGAAAUCCACCAUUUGGAAGAGAAGUUUUGAAAAAACAAGAAAAAUUGAGAACUGUUUGGAAUUUGUUGUGCGAAUAUAUUGAGAAUCGCGAUAAGAAAUUGGGAGCUGCUGAAGAAUUGCAUCGAUUCAAUCGAGAUGUUGAUGAAUUUGAACAAUGGAUGGGUGAUAAAAUGGCUGCGAUGCCAAGAGAUUUGGGAAGAGAUGUUAAACAUGUUCAUUCACUUUGGCAACAACAUGAAGCACUUGAUAAAGAAACCAAAAAUGCUGAACCAAGAUUGGUUAAAUUGAAUGAAGAAGCUGAAAGAUUGAGAAGCGCAUAUCCGGGAGGAAAUGCUGAACAAAUUGAGCAACAACAAGGUUUGUAAAUGAAAAAAAUAGAAAAAUUCACGUUCACGUUUUAAAUUUUCAAAAAAAAAUUUUUUUUUUCAGGAGCUUUGAUGACUGAAUGGGAAGAAUUGAGAAAUUCGACUGAUGAUCGUCGUGAUAUGCUUCGAGCUGCUUUCGAUUUGCACACUUUCAAUGGAAAAGUUCGUGAUCUUCUCGCUUGGACUGAUUUGACCAUCGGAGAUAUUCAAUCGGAUAUUGUUAUUGGUGAUUUGCAACAAGCUGAAUGGCUUCAAAAAGAGCACUCGAGGUUGGUUUAAGAAAAUGUGAAACUCUUAUAAUGUUAUUCAUAAGAACGAUUUUAUUUGAAUAUUUUUUUGAAACAUAUUUUUUCCAGGUUGAGUAAUGAAAUGGAUGCUCGUGAACCCGAAUUCACUCGUCUUGUUACUGAUGGAAAUAAAAUGGUUGCUGCUCAACAUUAUGCAUCGGAAGAGAUCAAAAACAAAGCCAAACUUCUUCAAUCGGCUCUUGAAAGACUUCGAAAUGAAUGGACCCUUCGAAAUGGAUAUCUUUCACAAGCUGUUCAAUGGCAUGCAUUCCAAAGAGAAGCAAAACAAAUAAUUGCAUCGAUUGGAAGUAAAAGAACAACUCUCAAGAAUUUGGCAGUUGGUGGAAGUGUUGCUGAUGUUGAAAGUCAGAAAAAGAGAUUGGAUACAUUUGAAAAGGCAUUAUCGACUUUGGAUGAAAGAACUGGUGCAUUAGAUCAUACUGCAAAUGAAUUGAUGAAAGCAAGACAUAUGGAAUCGAAUAAUAUUGGAGUAUGGAAAUUGAAAGUUCAUGAAGAAUUGGCAUUGUUGAGCGCUGAUAUUGAAGCGAGAAGAGCAAUGUUGGCAGAUGCAUUCUCAUUGGCAUCAUUUGAUAGUGAUGUGGCACAAAUUGAAGCAUGGAUUGAUGAAAAAACAAAUGGUAUUAGAAAAGCAAGAGAUCAAUCAUCAGAAAGUAUUUCGAUUGAAGAAAAAAUGAAAAGACUUCAAACACAUCAAGCACUUGAAGCUGAAGUUGCUGCCAAUAAAACUGUUGUUGAUCAAAUUUUGAAUCGUGGAAAACAAUUGCAUGGUCUCCAUAGAAAUCCGAAGAUUAUUGAUAGAUGUGAUCAACUUGGUUCAAAAUGGACACGAUUGGCUGGAGCAUGUUCGGAUCAAUCGAGUGCUUUGGAAGAAGCGAGAGAUUUGUUGAGAUUCAAACAAUUAGUUGAUCGAGUUUUGACAUGGAUUCAUGAGAAAGAAGUGUUGGUUUCAACAGCUGAUAUGGGAAGAGAUAUGGAACAUUGUCGAUUAUUAUUGGAAAGAUUGGAUGGAACAAGAUCGGAUUCAACUGUUGAUGAACAAACUCUUGAUGAAAUUAAUCGACUUGGUGAAAAACUUGUGAAUCAAGGAAGAUCGAGUCGUGAUCAAGUACAAAAGGAACAACAACAUUUGAAUGAAAAGUAUGUUUAUUUUCGAAGGAUAGGGGAAACGAAAAGAGAAAUUUUGGAUACUGUUGAUCAUAAAACAGUCCAAAAAUUAGACAGUGUUUGGACUACAGUAACCUGUUUUCCCAGAAAUUUCAUGAUUUUUUUCUGAAAAAUGUGAAUUAAGUCUUACAAAAUUCGGAAAAAAGUAAUUAGUGGUUCUAGAUUAUUUGAUAUUUUCCUAUUUAUGAGAAAUUGAGGUCCCCUCUAUUUUUGAAAUGAAUUCUAUUUUUGUUUUACCUACCUACCAGUUUUGUUAUUAUUAUAAAAGUAUAUAGUUAAUAAUCGGCUUAAUUGUUACAGGUGGAGAUUAUUGUUGGGUCAAUUAUCGCAUUAUCGAACUGAAUUAUUAGCUGCAAUGGAAGUGCAUACUUUCAAUCGAGAUGUUGAAGAUACUGAUGAAAGAAUUCAUGAAAAGAUUGCAGCGAUGAAAAGUGAUGAUUUCGGAAAAGACUUUGCCAGGUAAUUUUUUGCCCAUUUUUUAUCCCAACUAUUUUUCCCUUUAUUUUCAGUGUUGAAUUACUUGUUCGUAAACAAUCUGCUCUUGAAAGAGACAUGUCUGCUAUUCAUCAAAAAUUGAUUGCUCAUGAUAAAGAUGCUCAAAAGAUUCUUGAAAAACGUCCUCCACUUCGACAAACUGUUUUGGAUUCGUUGAAGAAAUUGGAGGAAAGUUGGAAGCAAUUAAGUGAAGCGGCUGAAUAUCGAAAUGAUCGAUUGAAUAGAUCAUUCAAAUUGUAUAAAUAUAUGGAUGAUGUGAAGAAAGUUGAACAAUGGGCUGGACAAGUUAGAAAUAAGAUGACUAGCUAUCAAACACCAAAAGAUAGCAAUGGAGCGAAGAAGUUGGUUGAACAACAUUCUGAAAGAAAAGCUGAAAUUGAUGGAAGAGCUGAUGAAUUGAGAAUUCUUCAUGAAGAAGGACAAGUUCUUAUUAGCGAACAACCAGAUCAUAAAGCAGAAGUUCUUCGAGCACAUAAACGAGUACAAAAUAGUGAACAUCAAUUGAGACAAACUUGGGAAAUUGAGAAGGCAACUCUUCAAAGACUUUUGGAAUGGCUUUUAUGGUGUGAUGAAGCUGCACAAUGUGAACAAUGGUUGGCGGACAAAGAAAAUAUAAUUGUUCGAGGAGAAUUGGGAGAUACAACUGAUGCGGUUGAAAUGUUGAUCAAAUCACAUGUUGCAUUUGAAGAAACUGUUAGAAAACAAAGUGAGAAAAUUGAAGUAUUAUUGAAUAAUGGAGAAGGAUUGAUUUCGAAUGGAAAUGAUUAUCGAGCUGAUAUUGAAGCAAGAAAACAAGAAGUUGAAGCGAGACAUUGUAAUUUAUUGAAAUCAGUUAUGAGAAGAAGAACUAUGUUGGAUGAUAGUAAAAGAUAUCAUGAAUUUAUUCGACAAUGCGGUGAAUUGAUUAUUUGGAUUACUGCAAAACUUCAAUUGGCUUAUGAUGAAUCAUUCUUGGAUCACACUAAUUUGCGAUCAAAACUUCAAAAACAUCUUGCUUUUGAUUCAGAAUUAGUUGAAAAUGAGAAACGAUUAUCGAAUGUUGAAAGACAAGGAGAAGAAUUAUUGGCUGACAAACAUUUCUUGAGUGAACAAGUCAAAGCACAAUUAGUUGAACUUCGUGAAGGAUGGGAUGAACUUCGAACAAAAUCUGCAUUGAAAACACAAAGAUUGAGAGAAGCUUUCGAAUUGCAUAGUUUGCAAAGAAAAGUUGAAGAAGUUGAAGAAUGGUUGGAUAAAGUUGAAAGUGAAUUGGCUAGUGAAGAUCAUGGAAGAGAUAUUGUAUCGACUGAAGUAUUGAUGAAGAAAUUGGAUACUUUGGAAGCUGAAGUUCGUGGAAGAGAAGAAGCUGUUGUUGAAAUGAUGAAAAAAGCGAGAGAAUUGAGAAGUCAAGGAUCUGUAGCUGCUGAUGAUUGCUUGAAACAAGCUGAACAAGUGAGUUCAAAAUUUUGUGAGAUUUAGAAACUGAAAAUUCGGACCAUGUAUUAAAACAAAAUUCCGAAUAGGUCUUUAAAAAAAAAUAUCGGGUUGAAUCCGUUGAGAGAUCGAAAAAACUUUAAAGUUUGUGACAUUUCAUUAAUCAAAAUCUUUGUUUCAGGUUGAAGCUCGUUAUUCUGGUCUCGAUGAGCCAAUUCAAAUCCGACGUGAAAACUUGGUCGAUGCUCGCUCAUUCUUUGAAUGGGUCAAAGCGGCUGAAGAGGAUUUGGAAUGGUUAUCGGAUAAAAUGCCAUUGGCUGGAAGCAAUGAAUCUGGAGAUAGUCUUCAAGCUGCUUUAAGUCUUCACAAAAAACAUGUUGCACUUGAAAAAGAACUCGAAACUCGACAAUCUGCAAUGUUUGAGACCGAAAAACGUGGAAAAGAUAUGAUUCGACAAAAACAUUUUGCCGCCAAUCACAUUCAAAAGAUUUUGGACAAAUUGUCGACUUCUUUGUUGACUUUGAAAGAAAGUUGUGGAUUGAGAAGAGAUUUAUUGGAAGAAUCGAUUGAUGCACAUGAAUAUUAUACUGAAGAAGGAGAAGCUGAACAAUGGUUGAAAGAACAAAUGCCAUUGGCAAUGAGCCAAGAAAUGGGAAGAGAUCAAGCUGGAGCUGAAAGUCAUUUGAGACGAUUGACUGUUUUGGACAAGGAAGUUGAAUUAUUCAAAAAUGAAGUUGAUCGAUUGAAAACAAGAGCUGAUGGAUUACUUGAAAGAGAACAUCAUGAUGCAAUGUCGAUUGCUGCAAAACAACGAAAACUCGAAGCAUUAUUUGCUGAUGUUUGUAGAGAAUGUGCAAGAAGAAGAACACAACUUGUUGAUGCAUCCAAAUAUCAUAAAUUUGUUCGACAAGCCGAUGAUUUGUCAGAUUGGCUCAAAGAAAAAGAACGUGUUGCAUCAGCUGAAGAUUAUGGAAGAUAUUUGGAAGAUUGCCAGAAAAUUAUCGAGCAAUUUGAGAUAACUGUUAGAGAAUUGGCUGGAGCUGGUGAAAGAGUUGCAGCUGUUCAAAGAACACAAGAAGAUUUGUUGAGAAGUGGACAUCCGUAUGGAGCUUCGAUUUCAGCGAAAUGUGCUGAUGUUCAAAGAUUGUGGACACAUGUUAAUGAUGUUGCAAAUGAUCGAAAACAAGCAUUGAAUGGAGCUAGACAGGUAUGUUUUUGAGAAAAGGGAAAAGAGUUAGGAAAAAUUCUGAAAAAAACGUUGAUUUCGGGAUCUAGAAUAAUUAUUUUAAUUUUACGCUGAAAUUCAGAUAUUUUUAUAUUUGCUGAUGAAAUUAAUUUUUCGAAGUUUUCUUUAAAAAAUAAUAAUAUUCAUGAUUUCAGAGCACACAGAUCUGAAUUUUCACCACAUUUUAAAAUCAAAAUUAUCUUUUCAGGUUCAUCGAUUCGAUCAAGAAGCUGAUCAAACUCUUAAUUGGCUCCAAGAUAAGGAAGCAACUGGAGUUGCUAUGGAACAAGAAGAUUUAUCUCGAGCUGAUCUUGCUUCUGUCAAAGCUCAACUUCAAAGACACGAUGAAUUUAUGCAUGGAAUGAAGGCUGUUGAAAAACAAGUAGCUGAAUUGUGUCACGAAGCUGAAAGAUUGUGGAAUGCAUUCCCUGAUACAAGACAUCAUUUAGAAGUUCGAAGAUUGGAUAUGGAAGAACAAUUGAAAGAUAUUUUGGAAGCGGCAAAGAAACAUUAUGAAAGAUUGACACAUAUGCAAAGUUUACAAUCAUAUUUCCAAGAAUAUCGAGAAAUGAUGCAAUGGAUGAAGAAUAUGCAAACAACAAUGACAUCAGAACAAUUGCCACGAGAUGUUAGUGGAUGUGAAAGUUUGGCAAGAAGACAUGAUGAAUAUAAUCUGGAAAUGCAAGGAAGAAAAGCAUUUGUUGAUGAUUUUGCGAGACAAGGAAGACGAAUGAUUCAAUCAAGUCAUGUACUGUCACAAGAAAUUCAAGAAAAAGUUGAUGUUUUGGAGAAAUCUUGGGCUGUUUUAUGUGAGAUUUGGAAAGAUCGUGCUGAAUUGUAUGAAGAGAAUAUGGAUUGCCAAAAAUGGAAACAAAAUGCAACACAAUUGGAGAGUUGGCUUUUGGAAAGAGAAAGAUUGUUGGGAGAUGAUUGGAGAGUUAUUGAAAGUGUUGAAGAAGCUGAAAAUCAAUUGAGAGAAUUUGAUGAUUUCUUAGUGACUCUUGAUGCUCAAAAUGAGAAGUGUGAUAAAGUUGAGAGAUUGACACUUGUUGAACAAAACUUUAGCAAACUUCGCAACAAAGAGGUAAUUCAUAUUUUUCUAUUUUUCAAUCAAGUUAAAACAUGUUCAUUUCAGAUUGAUCGCGCUCGAAUUGCUGAAGAAGAUCAAAAGAGAAGAGAUACUAUAAAGAUUGUUGAAAAGGGAAAUAUUUUGGCGAAUCGUCGACAAGAAAGAGAGCGAAGAAAGACACAAGAAAUCUCUUUAUUGAGACCAUCGCCAUCUGGUGAAGAAUUCUCGACUCAUACAAUGCCAAGAAAAGAUCGAAAGGAGAGAGCGAAAACUACAGCUGAUUUGGGUGAGUUUUUGAAUUUUUGACUACUUGAAAAAUUGAGCUCUAUUGAAAGUUCCAAAAAUAAUUAUCUACUUUUUUCAGUCCCUGGACCAUUGAAGAUUGGAGAUUUGCAAUCAACAGCUACUGCGAUUCCAGUUGAAAUCACCAAAACACCAUCAUUCACCACCCGAAGAAACACUCAAACUCUCAGAAAAGGCUCAAAAUGGGAAGAUAUGGGAGCAAUUGAUAUGAAAGGAUUCUUUGAUCGAAAACAAUGUCAACAAUCCGGUGGAAAACGAGCCACAAUUCGAUCAUGGAAGAAUUAUUAUGGAAUUCUCUGUGGACAACUUUUGUGCUUCUUCAAAGAUGAAACAAUGUUCAUUGAGAAUUGCGCAGCUGCUCCACCAGUUUAUAUUUAUGGAGCACAAUGUGAGCAAUAUCCAGAAUAUGCGAAACGCAAGCAUAGUUUCCGAUUGUUGACACAAGAUGGAGCUGAAUUCAUAUUCUCGUGUCCAGAUGAAGGACAAAUGUUGGAAUGGGUUGCGAAGGUUCAAUUCCACGCUGGAUUGACACCAAGUAAUCAAUUGAAAUCAUUCCCUUAUAGUGGUUAGUUUAUUGUUAAUUUUAAGGGAAAGAUCUAGGAGGGUUCUAACCUUUUUUUGGUUCCUCUCAUGUUUUUCCUGGUAGCAUGUUUUAACAUCUUUUUUGGUUUAGAUAACUUGCUCGAUCAAUCGUCAUCAAAUACACCAAUUGUUGCACCAAGACGAAAUUUGGCCGGACACAAUCGAUUUGGAGAAGAUUUAGAUAAACUCGAAUUGGAUUAUUCAAGUGAGUGUUUGAUUUUAUCAUCAUUUCCCUUUACCAUUUCUAGAAUCAUGCUUAUCGCUUUUGCUUUUUUUUGAGUUCUCUUCAUUUUUGUGAUUUCUUUUUAGGAAAUAGUAAAUCUCUUCCACGUGGAUCUAAUAGUUCCACAAUGGCACGUGAUUGUGCCACUUUACCACGUGGUUUUGGUUCUUCUUCGAUUCUUCCUCCAUCGGGUCCACUUCUUAGCGGUGCUCCUCUUGGUUCUUCUGGUCAAAUUCCGACUGUUGCGUCGAGAAAAGUUGGAGUUGUUCAACGAAGAGCAAGUCGAAGACAAUCGGUUUAUGCUGAAUGUGUUUUUGGAGAAGUUGAAGAAGCAAUUCGAUUAGCUGAAGAACAACAAAUUGGUUAGUUGGAUGUUCAACUCAACAACACUGGAAUGCGUGUUUUUUCACAAACUCAACUCAUCGACGUGUUUUUCUACUUGUUCCACUUCUUCGAUUUCACUCCACAGUUUCUACACUCAACUAGAAUGUUUUUCUACUUCUUUUUGUUCACAUGUUUUCACAUUUCCGUUUUCUCUCACUUUUGAAUCUCGACUUAUUCGAACUCACUUUCUGUCCAUUUUUUCACUCUUCAGAAGCUUUUUCGCUAAUAGUUUUUAUCACAAAUUAAAAAUAAUAAUUUAACUUCACUUGGUUUUUGCAUGCUUCAGAUAGAAACAUUCAAACUAAAUCUAACACCCUUUCUCCUAAGCCAAAAAUGUGUUUUUUUUUUCCAGAAGACAAUGCUGAUAUUCGAUUCGCCAUUCACUCCCAGCCUGGACAGUAUACCGUGAGUUUUUUAAUUUUGGAAUUUUCUUAACUUGAAAAAAGUCCUUUUUCCCUAUUUACGAACCCAUCCAAUUCAAUUUCAUUCAUUUUCCAGGAAACUUUGGUUUACAAAGAGCACAACUCUCAAACCUAUCAACCAUCGAUUUCAUCUUCAUCUGCUCAAUCACCAUCUCAACAAAAUGGAAGUGAAUUCAUGAAUUGGGUUGAUGCCAAUCAAUCUGGACGAAAUACAUCAGCCAGUACACCAUCACAAUAUGAUGAUACUGAUUCAAUCAAAAGUUCUAGUAAGUUUUAGAAAAUUUGAACCAGUCUUGAUUUUCAUAAUUGGGUAAAUCUGAUCAUAUUUAAAGAUGCCAAAGGAAAAAAUUGGAUUCGUUUCAAAGUUUUCCGAAUUUUUAAAAAAUCAAUCAUUUUUGCAGAACGAAAAGGAUUGGGAUCAUUAUUCAAACGCGGCUCAAAAGUCUCGAAAUAA